CAUUACUGGACAAAACCAACGAAUGGUAUACAAAUAUUGACAUUGGGAAACUAAAUGGGAUUGUAUUUCUGGAUCUGAAAAAAGCAUUCGAUACUGUCGACCACAAUAUACUCUUAGACAAAAUAGCAACUUAUGGAAUAAAGGGAAUGGCACAUCGCUGGCUGGAGUCGUAUCUAUCAAAUAGGACCCAGUGCUGUUGUGUGAAUGGCAAACUAUCAAGUCCAUCAAUUAUGAAAACAGGCAUACCUCAGGGUUCUGGUUUAGGCCCAUUGUUAUUUCUAAUUUACAUCAAUGAUUUACCAAAAUGUUUAAACGCCGGGACAAAACCAGAUAUGUUUGCGGAUGAUACCCAAAUGCAACAUCAAGUGACGAUAUCAAAGUUAUCACUGAAACAUUAA